UUUAAUCGACGUGCAUCUUUCUAGAUCCCGCGCUCUCUCUGUUCUAAAUCUGUGACCGGACAGCCAGCGAUUUCUCGUCUGACAGGAACGUGACAUUCUCCUCGUCGUCUCGUGUUCCUCUGUGUUGACGGAUGAAUCCGGACAUUUUCAUGUCUGUUCUGUGGGCAGAACCUCGCUGCCCUGCUAGAACCGGGCCCAAGCCCUCCUUUGUUCUCUUCUGUUGGGCCAAGCUAAAUUCAGAGCAAAGACACUCGCGCAAGGGGAUCGAACGCACAUAGAUCCUCCUUUUAUAUCACCGUUUUUGCUUCCCCUUGUUUUCCUUUCCGUCCUUUUUGCCACUAAUUCCUCACUCAUUAUCUCUCCUAUUAGAUCAUCUGUUUUCACCAGCUGUGAAUCCCUCUGUAAUCAAUAAGUUGAUUGAUCUCCAACCUAUAGUUGCUCAUUAGUAGCAAUUGGUUGCGGUGCCCUUCCUUUCCUUUCAUGCUGCUCGUCGCUGCCGUUAAGCAGUACCUUCCUCCCGAGGACGUUCCUAACUGGACCGCCCCUGUCUGGAUCUAAAUUCCUCCUUGGCUAGAAUUUAGAGGCGAAAAUAUCGAGAGCUUGUUUGUCAGGCAAAUUGAAAGUGUGAUGCAAGAGGCGCAAAAUUAAAAUCCUAACCAGUGCCAAAAUUAGACUGAUUGGCCCUCAGCUUGUUUACAAGACAAAGUUGAGAUCUCUGAAGCUGCCAGCACUGUUGUUUACAGCACACACAAACAGCGAAAAAAUCUGAUUUGAGUCAAAGAAAGAAAAAAAAAAAUAGCUUUUCCGUUUAUGAUUUCACAAGCCAGAUAUUUACACAGGACAACAGAAGUGCCAAGCUCAAACAAAAAUACAUCCAGCAUAUGUUAAAGUUGCUGAAACAUUGAAAUAAUAAUAUUAAUAAUAAUAAUAAAGUUUACAUACAGCUCUAAAUGUUUACAGAGUACGUUUUCCAUCGCCGUUUCCUACAUGAAUUGUAACUUGUGUGCCAUGAAGUUUGUUGGGCUGAACGAGUCCCGCAAAAGUCUUCAGUAGGAGGUGCAGGGUUUGUUUUAGGGACGUUAUUGUUUUACGAGUUUACAGUUUUUACAUACACAUUAGUUUACAGAAAAAUUACUGCCUGUUGUCAAGAGAACCCAUAACGUUGGUCCAUGAACUGACCAGUGUGUCUUUGUUGACUAGCGAUCACAUCACAGUUAAAUAUCAAGCUGCCAUGAAACAAACCCAUAUCAUCGUCUGCUUUUUACUCGGCUGAAGUUGUGAAGUUGUUCAGAUCAGUUAUUUUAGAACUAUAGCCAUUACGCCGGCGGUUCCUAUAGGGCCUAAAAACUCUGAAAGACAUAAACCUCAAUGUUUACAAAAAGCUGCUUAAAGGGAAGGAUUUGCAUUCAGAGAAAUGUUUACAUUAAGAUGAAGGAGUGAAAUGCCAAACACACAUGACAUUGCUUGAACAAACUAAAUCUACUUAACUCCAAGUGAAACCCUUUUGCACCGCUGCGGUGUGUGUACAUGUGUUUUUAUAUCUCUCUACACUUAACACACACGUAGGCUCGCUAGAUUCGCCUACACACCGUCUCGGAAGAGGACGCUGAUAUCUCACAGCAGUUACGAGCUGUGAAUUUUUAUUUUUCGACAACGGCUCACGAACUUUGUGAUUAAAAAAGGAAGAAAAUGAAGCAAACCCUUUCAAGGGAGGCGUCCUGCACCUCCCUCAUUCUCCUGCUGUUCUUCUGCCUCGCCGUUUCCACGGUAACCAUCACUACAGAGCGACGCACUGCUGACAACGAUGUCAGAACUCUGACCGGCGGCAGUGACUCUGUUGCUCCUGGUAAAACUGGCACUGCCUUGUUCCUCCUCACCGGCUACAAGCGACCACUGCCACCGCUGCCCGCCGGACCCAAAGCGGCACCGAAAAAAGCCGAGGUGGAGGAUGGAGACGAAGCACCAGUCGGAGCCGCCGAGCUGCCUCCGAAGCCCCUCCCUCAGACCAUGUUGCCAAGGAACAUGACGGCGGCAGACGCCCUGAAGCCUCCGCUUGGUGCCGCCCAGGUGGCUCCGCCUCCCAGACGCCUGGUGGAUGUGGACGUGUGCAGGGGCUACUUUGACGUUAUGGGGCAGUUCGACAACACGUUCAACUGCUCCAAAGGCACCUACAUUUACUGCUGCGGGACCUGCCACUACCGUUUCUGCUGCGAGCACCAGAGGAACCGGCUGGACCAGGACUCCUGCACCAACUACAAGUCGCCUGUCUGGGCCAACCCACAAGUUCCUGUCACGGUGCCGGCGGGCAACCGGCCCGACCCGGACUUCGAGACUCUCCAGCAGCACAACAGCAGCACGGCGUACGUGAUCGGUGGAGUGAUCUCCUUCACGGUGGUGGUGGCCGUGGGCAUCAGGAUCGCCUUCAGCAAGGUGUCGCGCCGGCCACGAAACAGGGACAUCAACAUGCCCAGGGCCCUGGUGGACAUAUUGCGUCACCAAUCCAGCCCAGUGCAGCAGGGAGAGAGGAACAACACAGUGCUGACCACCACCACCUCCGAUGGACGCACAUCCAAAACCCUGUACACCCCCGUCCUGCAGAGCAAAGACAACCGCAUUGGGAACUUGCACCACCAUUUUAACCAGCAGGGGUCUGCUUCCAGCCCCAAACACUCUGCUACCAUCGAGCGAGUGCCUCGUAUGAACAACGCCUCCCAGCUCUCCUCUGGGGGGGGGCUGCUGUCGGGCGGAGGCAAGGGUCUCAGCGGUGUCAUCGGCGGUGGGGGAGGCAUCAAACACAACAGCAGUCACCCUUCCUUCUCCCACUCCUUCCACAACCUGGCCCAGCUGCCCCCCUCCUACGAGGCGGCCAUGAAACCUGAGAUCAGCCGUUACAGCUCCCUGAAGAGGCUGGAGAAAGAGCUGGAUGAAUACUCCAGCUACUACAACUCCAAACGCCGGUCCACCAACGCCCCACCAGCCUUCCACUCCUCCCAGCACUACUUGCCCUGGGUAGGCGACUACACACUCGGAAGCAGGGGCACGCUGCCUCUCCAUGGUUCCCGGCCACGGCUCCAGAUGCCCCCCUCCACCCCGAACCCCUACCCGCUGCCCGCCCAGCCCCAGACGCAUUACACCAGCUCCAGCUUCGACAGGCCGCCGCGCCGCGUCCGCUCCCAGGACCAGCUGCUGGCGUUUGGGGAAGGAAACACCCUGUCCCGCCUGUCCAAAAACCAGCAACACCAGUACUACAAAGCCAUGAUGAGCACCAGCAGGAGCUCCAACUCUCAGACGCUCCGCAGGUCCCACGAGAGGCUCCUGGUCUCACCAGACCAUCUGGAAGACCGGUUGAUGGCGAUGGGACUGAUCAUGGGAGGAGGCGACAGAGCAGGGAUGGUGCCCACCAUGGGACGGCUCAGCCACCACCAGAAGGCACAGUCACAGCAGAACAUCUGCGUCACGCCGUCCCUGGACCGCCACCACAUGAUCAAGAUGAACUCCCACCCGACAUCAGGCCACGACCACGAGCGCAGUGCCGGUGCGAUGGCCGGGGUGGGCAUGCACGGCGGCUGGGAUGCCCACGGGGGCCACGGCGGGGCGGGCUCGGGCGGAGGCCAUCCCAGCGCCCGGCGGAUGGCCUUCGCCAGCAAGCGGCAGAACACCAUCGAACAGCUGCACUUCAUCCCCGGAGGAGGAGGGGGAGCGGGGCAGGGACUGCGGACCGGGAGUAAGAAUGAGGUGACAGUGUGAGGGAGAGAAAGAGAGAGGAAAAAGAAGGAUAGAGGAAAGAAGAUUGAAGUUUUUAAAAAAAAUGUCAAAGGGUUGAAGAGGCCACGCAAGACAUUGUUGGACAGAUCGUAUGAAGAAAGACGAUUAUGAAAGACAGAAAGAAAAAGAUAGGGAGAGCGAGAGAAAGAGAGAGAGGGAGACAGAGAGAGAGAGAGACAGGCAGUCUAACUUGGAAAAGAGAAAAGAGGAAGAGGUUUGACCUCGCUCGCACGCUGCUUUAAAGAACUGCACUCACUGUCCUGACCAAAGUGCAGCACGCAGCAAUCCUCCCCCCGGUAAUGAAACCCAAAAUGCAGUAGAAGAUGACAGUUGUAUUGCCAAUUGAUUUAAUUGUUGUUACCUUGUGUAAUCGGAAAAAGAAAAUUUUCAGCCAUAGGGAAGUCAGAAAAGUCCAUUUUUAAAAGAGAGCGAGAGAAAAAAGCAAAUCAUAAUCAUAUCAUGUCUUGUUCCCCUGUGAAUGCAAUUUAAAGCCUCCUGGGUAAUGGCUGGGAUUUAGUGACGUUUUAUUGAUGGAUCCCAUUGGGAUGGAUUUGUUGGAUUGUCAAUGAGUUUUAUUGAACCAUCUCGAGUCCUCCAGUGCUCUGACAGAGAUGCAUCUGUCUUUGAAUCCACUGUGGAUGGAUAUAGAGUACAGAGGGAGAGAGAGAUGGCUUGGCUUGUCUUUGUAUUACAGUUAUGAAGAGUAUUUAAGACCAAACAGUGUUGAAAACAAAUGCUUUUGUAUGAAAUUAACCUAUUAAUAGUAUUAAUAUUAAUGAGCCCUGUAGAACUUUGUGUAUUCUUGAUUGAAAAAAAAAGAAAAUGUAACCUUUAGCCACGCAGUUUGAGGACGAAAUGACCGGACAUUUGAGCUGCCCGUCAUUGCAAAGAGAAUCCUCGGUGGUUUGAUGCAUUCCAGUUUACAAGCUGCAUUUCAAAAUCAACUGACCACCAUUUGAACAAAUCGACUUGACGAAAAUUGCUUGUAUAAAAUCAAACUUUUCUUUGGAGUAUAAUUGAAGCUAUCGUAAGGCCUUCGCUAGCGAAAUAGUGAAUUCUAGAGGGCGUACUAUGUUGUCUGUGUUUUUUUGAAAACAUUUGUGAAAUGACCCUUGCAUAAUUUGAGAAUAGAGCUUGGUUUCAAAAUGGAUGUAUAGUAUUUUGGAAGAAGACCCUUCAUUUUGUUUUUAUAAUGGAGGAUUCGGGUCGUGUAUCACACAUUUUUUUAGUAUAGACCCCGACCGAGCAAACGCCCUCCAAGCACUGUUGGUCAGUUUUAAGCUUUUCAUCGUAAGUUUGUAGAGAACCAGUGGGCUUUUACUACCAAUAGAUAUUUAAGAAGCGCUGCCAUACUUCUCCUAAGUCUUCACUGAUUGCCACAUAUUAUCUGCAAGUUCAGCUGUUCACCUUGUAUGAAGGGUAGGGGGACAGAAGGGGUUGGAGGGGGACAGUGGACACUUCACACCAAGGGCUAUACUGAAAUUUAUUUGUGUGUGUGUGUGUGUGUGUGUGUGCGUGUGUGUGUGCGUGUGUGCAUGUCUGUGCACUGUACAGCGUCGGCUUUUCAUUUUCUCUGUCGUUUUUUUUUUCUCUCCCUUCACUAUUCCUUUUGCGUGUCAGUAUCGGGAGACAUGGUCGUGCAUCGGUGCACCAUCACCAUCAUAUAAACUUGAUUUCUAUUUAGGGUUAUUUUUUAAACAUGUACAAAUACGAUGGGAGAAGCUAAACACGCAAGGGAAUUCUGCAAAGCUACUUUGUGCUGUUUGUGACAUUUGAGGAAGUUUUGUGUCAUGUUAACAAAAGAAAAGAAAAGAAAAAAAAAAAAAAACACGACCAUACUCCCUUUUGGUGUAAUAGCACUGCUGAAGGGUUGAGGUGGCCAUGAUGAUGUCAUGUUUGUAAACCGCUUACUUCUACUUUUCCGUUCAAGCCAUCCGGUUUAUUUUUCUAAAUAUCUGACGGAGAGACAGACCGAGAAGUGUUACCGACAAAUAACCAUCGAGGCUGGAUUCUUUUUAGCGGGUUUAAGGGAGUAAUGAGGCCUUAUUUGAGGUUUUCUUACCCUCUGAAUUGCAUUUAGAUAAAUAUUUGUGAUGAAAGCUGCUUUCUGACAGAUGUAUUUAGUCACUUACUAUGAUAUAUUUUCAUGUGUUAAUGGUCAUAUCCAUUAAGAUCUUGAGUGUAGAGAUCACCCUUGAUCGGAUUAUUAAUGCUUUUACCAUGCUUUUUCUAUUGUUUUAACUCAUUUCCUUUUUUUUUUCUUUUUUUAAUCUGUGAAUUUCAAUGUAUAAUCCUGGAUUUUGAAUAUUCAACUUUGUAGUGGAUUAAAAAAAAAAAAAAAAAAGAAGAAGAAAAAUCUUUGUAUUCUUGAGGAGAACAAAAAAAAAAGCUGAUGCAAUCAAAGAGAAAAGACUAACCGCAUGAUGUCAAAAGCCAGUGUUGAUGAUGUCAUAGUGCUGACUUAUGAUGUCACAGCGUGUAUGUGUAAUGUACAUGCGUCUGUUUUUAAUUUGUGUGCCCAUGUGUGUAACUUUCGGUGUCUUCUUAAGGAAUGCUGAACCUCAUCUUGACUAAACUUGGGGGCGCGACUGCGAGUUCGGAGCAAAUAAUGUGUCUUCGGGGGGAAAACACAUUAAGACCCAAGUUCAGAUAUUUAAUUGUUCAUAUCGACUUGCUAUGAAUUUUUAAAGGCCUGUAAAAUAGUGACAUUGAUCAAUCACUGCUUUUCUUGUCGAGCUGCGUUCACCAAAGCAAGAACUUUUCAUACGUUUGAAAAUGUAGACGAUGAAAGCCUUGAAACUACUAUGUUGUUUCAAGUUUCGGUGCAACAAAAUAAAUUCAACAAGUGAGUGCAUUAUUUAAUGAUGUCACAAUUUCUAUAAUGAGAAUAAGAACCUGUUGUCUGACUAGAAACAUCUGUU